AUGCCCUCGCAAUCUAUCCUCCUCAUUGGCGCAAGCGGCUUUGUAGGACCAUACUUCAACGCCGAGUUCUUGGCGCAGAAAGUCAAGUUUGCACGUAUCGCAAUUCUAUCCGAUGCAUCCAAGAUAUCCAAGUUCGAGAAAGAGGCUGCGGCGGGAGUCGAGAUGGUCAUGGGGAGUUAUCUUGAGCCAGGAUCUUUCAAAGGUCUUUCCCCAUAUUUAUACACGCUCAGGCUCACAUACAGCGAUGGUUUCCGAUUCAAAAAGACACAUGCUAGGCAACGUCCCCAUGAAAGUACAACCGCAAAUCAUUACAGUAGCGCCGCCAUCGCCGGUGGAGUAACACAUUUCUACCCUUCCGAAUACGGCUCCGACCUCUCCCAACCCGUAGCACUGAAGCAGCGCUAUUUCCGGGACAAGCAGACCACACGGCGCCAUCUCGAGAAAGUAGCCAAAGAGCACAACACUUUCGGAUACACGUAUAUAAUGAGCGGCGGCUUUUCCGAGUACGCGGCGCAUCCAGCAUUUGGUUUUGUCAAGGAGAGAAAGUUGGACUCUUGGGGGAGGACGGAUAAAUUGCAGCCGUUUGCGGGCGUGAGAGAUGUUGCUAAAUACCUCGUCGCUUCAACCCUCACGAUACCCUCACCAGGCACAAUCCUCGCCUCCGACAGCCAAGAACGCCAAUUCAAGAUUCCCACAUCAGCAUACACAUGGGAUGAGAUCGUAACUCUCAUAUCCCGUCUCGAAGGCACGGAGAAGUAUGCGAAGGAGGGAGAUGUGGGCCAAGAGUUGGCGUGGGAUCUGAAAGCUUUUCUGGGAGAUCCAAAUGCGGUUCAAGUGCCAAAGCCUUGGGAUACGAAUAAGUUCCCUGAGAUUGAGCCGGAGGAAUUGGAGGUGAGCCUAAAGAGGUUCUUGGAUGCGACGAAGUGA